AUGGUUGCCUUCCAAACGACAGUUGGAAACGGUUUCUACGGGCUCAUCUUGGUCGAACACCUAUCGGAUGAAGACACCCUAAGUGUCUUCAAGCUUGCUUGUACUUUCAGCAACCGAGACGAUAUCGCCUCUCUCAUCACUCACAUUCCUCGUACCCUUCGUAGGAAAGCCUGCACCUCCCCAUUAGAGUCUGCAAUCUCUUCUGUCAAAACGGGAAUCACCGAGGUAUUAAUUUUAAACAGUGCGAAUGUUAACCAAAAGUUUAAGGAGGACGCCUUGGAAAGCAACGACACACCUGCCUUCACUGCUGGUCUGAAUGUCAAUGUGGUAGAUUCCCAAGGACGAACCGCUCUCCAUGAGUUUCCUUUGGCUGGAGUUAACGCCGUCAAACCUUACAUCGAGAACGACGACCCAGACAAAGAUUCUAUUGACACCCUUUAUCACUCAGUCUUGAGUACGAUCAUCAACUCGGGAGCUGAUAUUCACGUUAAGGAUACCUCCGGGAGAACGCCACUCCACCUCGUUGUGAUCGCUCGCGAGGUGGUGAUGGUUGAAUUGCUUAUGGAGCAUGGGCGAAUCCCACACAGCAUUGAGUUUCGCGUGUGGGAGUACGAACAGGCACAGAAGAAACGGAUCGCAAUGGGUCAUGAAGUUUCAAGUAACCCGUUCCGAACACUGCCUGUCGAGUUAAUCCUCGAUAUUCACGACUCUUGUGAGACGGAUGCCUCUGCGGCAUUGUCCCUCUGCAAUGAGGACCUGCAGUCGAUCCUCGGAAAAAGGACAGAUCCUGGGUCAGCGGGAUACGUUGCCAUUACCAGCCUGGAGAAGACAUUGGUGUUGCUCACCCUUCGAGAAAAAGGCAACGACUCCAUGACUCUUGCCCUUCUCCAAGAGUACGAAGAGCAAUAUGCCUUGGAAAGGGUCGCAGAGGCCGGCCGCAUGGAUAUCUUCCGAAUCAUCAAACCCUUCAUCACCGCCGGCAAACAUUGUGCGCUUGCUGCCUUCAAAAGCGCAGUCAAUAUUGGUCAUGGACCCCUCACACAUGGAUUGAUGGCAUUCAUCUCCGAGAGAGACUCGAAUGAGGCUUUCCACUUCGCCUGCGAAUCCCCCCACGCUCCAUCCAACCUAAUUCAAUCACUCAUAGAGGAGAUGCCUGCUGGUCUCCGUACCCAAGCGUGCACUGAUGCACUCGAGUCCGUCAUUACAAGUGGAAAGGCCGGGCUUCUCAGAGUCUUGAUCGCUGGAGGUGCCAAUAUCGAGAAGUAUUUCGGUAACGAAAUGUGGGAAACAGACGAACGCACUUGCCUGCACUGGCUAGGGAUGUGGGGAUUAUCCAGCAAUGCGAUCCACGACGCUGUCCUACCAAUGGUCAACAUGAUCUGCGCAGCUGGCGCCAAUGUCAACGCCGUCGACUACGAAGGGCGUACUCCUCUACACCUUUUUGCGUUGUCCGGAUACAUCUCAGUCAAGUCUUCAAUUCUUCUCGGAGAAGAGAGCGAGGACGAUUUCAAAAGAGUCAAGGCACUUUACCGUUGUUCUGUGCUCACCAUGAUUCAUGCCGGUGCUGAUAUUGAUGCAAAGGACAUGUUCGGGAAGACUCCGCUACAUCUGGCCGUGGAGAAGGGCGAAGUUGGAAUGAUCAAGCUCCUCAUGGAGCUUGGUGUCAAUGCUCUCAUCACCGAUGAUGAGGGUAUUAGGGCCAGCAGGGUGAAUGGUACCAAGGGAUGCGCUCCGCACACGAUCGACUUUCAAGUCUGGAAGUACGAGCAAGUGCAGGAAGAACAGGUUGGCGAGAAAUGGGCCAACGUCUUGUAG